AUGUUACCGACCGCAACUCGCCUCCAUCUGCAGAGACUCCUCCUCCCUGCUCUCUCCGCCGCACUCCAACAUGUGCCGUUCCUGCGCAGCGACCAGCCGGGCACCCACCGUUUCGCCAAGCGUGAACUCACCACGGGGACGACGGUCGCCUUUGGCGUUCUCAUCCCCGUCCUCGUUAUCUUGUCUGGUAUAUUUGCCGGUCUAACCCUCGGCUACAUGUCGCUCGACGAGACCCAGCUCAACGUGCUGAGCAUCAGUGGCACUCCGAAGCAGAAGGAGUACGCCAACAAGAUAAAGCCGAUCCGCAAGAACGGCCACCUCCUCCUCGUCACACUUCUCCUCGCGAACAUGAUCACAAACGAGACCCUGCCCGUCAUCGCGGACCCCCUCCUCGGCGGCGGCGCCCAGGCCGUCGUCGUCAGUACCGCGCUCGUCGUAAUCUUCGCCGAGAUCAUUCCACAGUCGUUGUGUACGCGUUAUGGGUUGUAUUUCGGCGCCAAGAUGGCGGGAGUCGUACAGCUCCUCAUUUAUGCCUUUGCCAUCGUUGCAUGGCCAGUCGCAAAACUACUCGAACUUGCGCUGGGCCCCCACCAUGGUAUAAUUUAUCGGCGUGCGGAGUUGAAAGAGCUCAUUGCAAUGCACUCUGACGCCGGUGAGCUUGGUGGAGACCUGAGGAAAGACACCGUCAUGAUUAUCGGAGGCGCACUCGAUCUGCAAGAGAAAGUCGUAAAGCAGUCGAUGACGCCGAUUGAGAACGUGUUCAUGCUAAGCAUCGACGCGAAGCUUGACUACGCGACGCUGCGCGACAUCUGCAUGACGGGCCACUCGCGUGUGCCGGUAUAUGAGGAGGUUGACAUCCCCGCGCCGACGGCAGUAGCGGGCACGCCCGUUGUGAGAGAGACGAGCAAGCCGGGCGCCAAGGACUCUGCUGAGGCUCAGACGAGCGCGGGGGGCGCCUCGCCGGCGAAGACGAUCAAGGCGAAGAAGAUCGUUGGGAUCUUGCUUGUGAAGCAGUGUGUCCUGCUCGAUCCCGCGGAUGCCACGCCCGUGCGCAAGAUCCCACUCAACAAGGUGCCGAUCGUGCCGCACAACGAGUCCCUGCUCGGUAUCCUCGACAAAUUCCAGGAGGGCCGCUCCCACAUGGCGAUCGUGUCCCGCCUCAGCGUCGCCCGCGCGCAGAGCGUGAAGAAGGCCGUCAAGCAGGGCCUCACGCAGCGCCUCCGCUCCGCCAUUCGCGACACGGAUUCGAGUAGCGAGGAUGAGUCCAGCAGCGACGAGGACGCUGGUGCAUCACAUAAGCGCUGGACCCUGCGCCGCAAGAAGAGCGACGAGAGCAAGAGCAGCGGGAGCGCGAACGCAACGACACUCCGCGAAUCGAGCCACGGCGAGGCGAGCGAGGAGGAGGGGUCCACCUCGAUCCCGAAGAAGAUGCGCGGGCUUAGCGCGCGUGGCCGGAGGAAGCGCAAGGUGGCGAAGCCGGAGGACGUCGACCUGGAGAUGGGCGUCGUGAACGGCAAGGACGGCAAGGACGAGAAGAAGGAAGAUAGCAAGAGUAGGAGCAGGCUGCCGAGCCUGUCCGUCCCACCCGCCCGCGGGUUCUGGGGCCGUGAACAGGACAUGCCUGCUGAUGCUGUUCUGUCGACUGAAGGCGCGGAAGAGUUCUUGCAGAGCGUCGAUCCGGCUGUCAUGCCUCUCGGUAUCAUUACGCUCGAAGAUGUCCUCGAAGAGCUCAUCGGCGAGGAGAUUUACGACGAGUUCGAUCCCCAGGGACACCCGGAGUUGUCGUAUGCCGGCGGCGAGUCUAAGCCCAAGCCUCAGAAGUCCAAGGUCCCGGGAGGCGCGGUUGUUCGUCGCAGGCGCUCUGCCCCUCAGCUCGCUGCUUCCUCGGAGAAGAACGCUCCGGAUAGCGCGGCUGCGCCCAUUCCGGGCAAGACUUAUGUGCCGCAGAUCGUGAAGCCAUCCGCGCUGCGCGGUCUGAAUCCGCUGAACCUGAAGAACCUCAGCAAGAUUUCCCGCUCUCGGAGUGCCCCGCCUACGCCCAGAGACAAGGCCGGUGCUCGUCCCAAGGACGGAGACAGCACGCCUGCCCCGGUCCCUGAAGGCGAGGUCGUCGAGUCUCCUGAGCCUACCCUCUCCGAGCCUAGCCCCGACAACCUGGUAGAACAGGAGAGCGGCCCUGCGCCGUCAGAUGCUCCGGAUGUGUUCGUGGAGGCGGACGUUCCCGCUGCGCCUGUAGCUGUCCCGGAAGUCAUCCACGUCGAGUCUCGGGCGCGCUCGCGACUCUCGCCGCCCAGCUCUCCGCGUCUGGGUCCAUCUGGGGCUACGGGUCUAUCGCCUCCCUUGCUCGUUGCGUCGAGUAAGCCCAACUCGCGCAGCGCGUCGCCCUCGCCCUCUCUGGAACACGCGAUCAUGCUCGAGCGGAAGCGUCGUGCUGCGUCUGCCGGCGCUGGGUCUAUGCCCGCGCCGAAGGGCCUCAGAUUCAAGAGCAGUCCGCUGACGGGCGAGCGCACGGGCCUCAUCGUUGCGGAACACAUCAAGCGAGAACGGAGUGCGGGCGAAGAGGACGGGUCAAUACCGCGGCUCGAGAAAGACAAAGAGGGACCGGAUAUAGAGAAGAACGAGAGUGUGGACACGAGUAAUCAGGAUUCAUGA